AUAUAUAUAACCUUCAAGAAGAGCCCUUCCCUCUUGAUCUGUAUCUCUUUCUGCGUCUUCAACCUUCUUUCUUCCUCCGACUCUGCUCCGUUUGGCUCCCCCCUCUGUUCUUUCUUUUUAAUUUCCCCAUUCUCUUCUUCAUAUACAUAAAAUAAUAUAUACUAAUUUUAGUAAAUAUUUAGAGUAAAUAUUUGAUACAGGACAGCAGAAGGCCGGAAAGCUGAGAUCCAUCAUGGGGGACUCCUCAUCUGCUUCGUACAUCCGCAUGGUGCAGCACCUGAUAGAGGAGUGCAUAAUAUUGAGGAUGACCCAAGCAGAGUGCAUGGAAGCUCUUUCUAAGCAUGCAAACAUCAUGCCCGUCAUUACUUCCACAGUGUGGAAGGAGUUGGAGAAAGAGAACAAGGAGUUCUUUGAGGCGUACGCAAAGAUCAGAGAAGAGGAAGCAAAUACGUACACUCCAUCGCUGCCAGCUGAAGUUGUCACGACGGCGCAAAGAAUCCAGGGGCCUACCACGCUCUCCCUCUCGGAUUCUUCCCUAACCCAAAGAGAUCCCGACGACGACGUCGACGUCGACGUCGUUUAGUUUGCAAGCCCCAUUCUUCCUCCUCCAGUCCUCCCUCCGCUCUUCAUUCGCUGCGGCUAGCGUUGGAGAAAGCCGACGAGACGGCGUCGUAUGGGUUAUGCAUUUGUGCUUGGGGAUCGUGGUGGGGAUUCGCGGUGUUGACAGGGGGCCCAUGGACUCCUCACACGUGCCGCACACCUGGCUGCUGCCAUUGGUCUCCUGUAUAAUAAUAAUAAUAAUAAUAAUAAUAUAUAGCAGCAAUAAGAAGUACGAACAUAGUUUAUAUAAAAACUGUGACAAAUGAUUGUUGCACACAAAACUUCAACCAUUCACUACUUUUGGAUACGUUUGUCUUCAAGAAUAUUAAUUUUGAAAAUAUAAACAUAUAUUUUAUGUCA